AUGAGUCAUGCGCCAUCUCCGUUCGUUGGUUUGCUGGAUGUAAGACCUUCCCAGCCCUCGGAACCUGGGCUGUCCAGGGACCCAGUUCCGCAGCAUGACAUGCGGAAAAGCGAAGAUGCAGCCAGACAUGAAGCAAAUGAUGCUCAAGAAGGUCAAGGUGUGUCGGCUGCCUUCCAGUCGCUUCUGGAUCAAAUCUCACAACAACACCGAGCAGAAAUCCUGGACCUAGAGAAGCAAAUAAGCAGUUUGCAAGGGAUGCUGGUCCAGCUGAACACAGGUACCACUGAGAAGUUUGAAGAGCCGCUCAUGGUAUCUGAUGGUGCUUGGCAGGCGACAGUCCAAAUGAAGAGUGCUGGCAAUACUGAGGGAGGCUCGCACUGCACAAGGUUGCGGAAACAGCACCAAGGCAAACGAGAGAUGCAGGCUUCUCAACUUCUGGAUGCCUUGAACGAAAGGAUGGAGAGUGACAGUGCAGAUGGCUCGUUUCAAGGUGAUCCCUUGAACCCUGACGCGAUAUCCGACAACGGCUCAAAUGAUGCGCAGACUUCGUCCGAUAGAUGGAAAAUGCGGCUGCAGUCAACGGCGUUCGAAGUCAGCAUAGCUGCGACACUUUGUUUGAAUGUUAUGUGGAUGGCGGUCGAACUGCAAAUCUACGGGUCCAUGGUUGGGCAUUCUUUGGGGAUUGUCGCCCAUCCCUUGGUGCAGGAGGAUCACAGAGCCUCAGUGGACAAGGUCUUCAUGCUGGGCGACAUCCUUUUUACCUCCUUUUUUGCCCUGGAGGUCGGCUUGCGCAUGGUCGUGUUCAGGCUGGACUUUUGGAAGGUGUGGAGCAACUACAUAGACGCGGCAGUGAGUGUGGCUUCGGCUGUACAAGUUGCUUUAUUCUAUAUGCAGACGUUGCCAGUCAACUUAGCCUUGUUGCGCCUGCUGCGGAUUGGCAAGCUGGCACGUCCUAUUCGCAUGAUAACUAUGUCAAGCGUAAUGGCGUCCCUGCAGUUGUUAAUCAAAUGUGUCGCAGGCAGCGUGAACAUGUUGUUCUGGAGCAUGUGCCUACUCUUCUUCUUGCAAUGUGUCGCCGGGAUGAUUGUGAGCACGAUAUGUCGGGACUACAUUGAGAGCCCAGCGCAUUCCCCCGAGCUUCGACAGGAGGUCUUCCAGUACUUUGGCACUUUCUCAAGGACUAUGCUGACAAUGUUUGAAAUACUAUUCGCGAAUUGGGGGCCACCAGCUAGGGUUCUUGUCGAAGACGUCAGCGAGUGGUUUUCGGUGUUCUUUCUUCUGUACCGCUGCGUAUUUUGUUUCUCUAUUCUGAACGUGGUGAAUGCUGUUUUUGUGCAGCAGACAUUGAAGACUGCGAACUCUGACGAAGAAAUCGCUUUCAAGCAGAAAGAACGGGAGUUGGCCGUUUAUGGCAGACGCGUCAAGACUCUGUUUCAGACGGUGGAUGAGUCGGGCGAUGGGUCCAUAAGCUAUGAUGAGUUUUCCAAGUUGGUCCAGUCCCCGAAGCUGAAGUUUUGGAUGAGCCAACUAGAGCUGGAGUAUCAUGAUUUGUUGUCGCUCUUCGAAUUCUUGGAUAAUGGCGACGGCAAUAUCACUCUCACAGAGUUUAUUGAGGGCGCACAACGUCUCAAAGGCAAUGCCAAGGCCUUAGAUAUCUGGCGCAUAGAGACCAAGCUCGAAGUCCUCGUCCAGGAGGUCCUGCAUGCAUUAUCAGGUGAGCAAGUCGCCUCGGUUCAGAAUGUCUUUGACAAUUCAUCGUUCAAGCGAAUUCAGACGACGAGAGUGGGCAGGGGAUCAGGGUAUUGA